AACUAGAGUCUCAUGUCAUCUCCAGCAUAGGUCAGCAUAUUCUACAACAAUAAUCUUCAAUUCCAAAAAAAGUUAUCUUCCUUUUUCUUGAUUCUUUCCCAUAUAGUUACACAACAUGGCUAGACAUCUGUCUGCAAUUCUUGCCAAGCAAAUUCUGCACCGAUCUGCAAAUAAAGCCUCGUCUAAAUAUUCAUUACCAAAAGGUUUCUUAGCAGUUUACGUUGGAGAGACCGAAAAGAAGCGUUUUCUAGUUCCGGUAUCCUAUCUGAAUGAGCCUUCAUUUCAAGAUUUGCUAAGCAAAGCAGAAGAGGAGUAUGGUUUUGAUCAUCCAAUGGGAGGUUUGACAAUUCCGUGCAGAGAAGAUACUUUUAUUGAUGUAACUUGUAGCUUGGCUAGAUCAUAAGAGAAUUCAAACUAGUCUAAUCACAGAAAAUAUUUUUGUAAAGUCAAAUUAAGAAAUCAUUAUAGAUACUUCCUUGGCAAUAGAAUUAGAAAUAUUAUUACAUAA